CUGGCGGACAGCCCAAAGAUACGCGUGUCAAUGUCAAUAUUUCAACGAUCCCCUAUUAUAACCAGAAUGAAAGAGGUUGCUCUCGAUCGAUGAAAAUAAAAAAAAAAAAAAUCUGAAUCGGUCGAUUCGUUCGAUUAUCCCUGUAUCGUUCCCGUUUGUUGCAAAAUUGCAAAAUUCCCCAGCCACAAUGGCCGAUUAUUAUCAUUGGCCGUGUCUGCCGUUUUAUUUUUGACGAUUAGGUCAGUAGUUCGUAGCCGGUAGAUCGUGGAAGGCUCCCGAUCUGAUUGGCCGAAGGAGGUCGGUCAAGAUUCGGUCUCUUCGGGUUCUCUUCUGAGAAGCGGGUGCCAGCCAGGCGAGCUUUUUUACACGCUCGCGAGGCUGGCAAUCCACUGCAAUCACUCUAAAAGGACGCAAUGCCAAUAUCAAACCGCUGUAUUGGAUCGACUGGCUCGCAAUCGGUAUAAUCGUUUGCGUUGUUCGCCCACCGUGUGCCGUGGAAAUGACCGGUGCUAUACGCAACACCGCGUCAUCGGCUUUCUACGGCUCCUGCCAAUCGCAGUUCCGGAUUCGCGUGAGCUUGACAUUGCCAAAUGAUGUAACAAAGUGCUCCAUUUCCCCUCCUUUGCGGCAAAACGGCCUCGCGAACUUGGGAUGAAUCAUCGCUGGGUGAAAUUUAUCUAUUUCAAUUGUCCUCAAUCGCGUUCACUUUCAAUUUCCUCGCUUCACUUUGUUAAAAGCAACGACGGAGCAAUGAUGGAUGAUGGUUGUGAAACGAUGAAUUCGAUGAUUUUGGAUCGAACAAAGGGAUAUUCGAGUAUCAUUCUUUUCGCGAUAAAAAUUUCCAUGUACAUUUGACACGAUUCGUUGAAUUCGCGAUUUCCAAAAAAUACAACAAAUGUAACAAAUUAUUUAAAAUCUAUAUUGAAAUUGUUCCUCCGCAGUAAUGUUGUAUCUAGUUUGAGGAACGAUUGGAAGAAUGUUUCUUUUAAUUUUUAUUAAGGAGAUUUCGAUAUCGGAAUGAAUGUGUUAUCGGAAUAUUUAACAAAUUCAAUUAAGAUAAGUAAAGUAUCCAUCGAUUUAAACAUCGACGUAGUUUGUCAUCGAUUUCGUUCAGCCAAAACACUAUACGUUUCGCAAAGCGUGAACCGUCAAAGGGUCCCAAUUAAGAAUCUUUUUAUAGUAUCUUUAGCUCGACAGAUGAUUGGUGACUGUUUAUCGACGCUAAUAAGAAUGCGUGAUUGCGUCUCUGCAGCUCUACUAAUUAAUUUACUAAGGCUCAGUGUGACAAUUCCAUCGGUACAGUAAGAAGCGAUUGUUCAAACGGGAACUGUUAAUCAUUUUACUUCUGUGAUAACUUCUGUGAUUAAAUUUGUUAAUAUAAUAUCGUCAAAAUGGAUGAGAUUCAACUCAGCAAAGAUCAGAUCGCACAGUUGAAAAUGGGUUUCGAAGCGUUCGAUCCCGACAAGAAGGGAACAAUCACCACUGACACAGUUGGCACCAUUUUGAGUAUGAUGGGGAUGAAAAUUCCAUCCGCGCAACUCAACUCGGUCAUCGGUGAAUACGAUCCAUUCGGAUCCGGGGAAAUGAAUUUCGAAGAAUUUUGUGGCUUAGCCUCCCGAUUCAUGGAAGAGGACACGGACACAGAGGCAAUGCAGCAAGAAUUGCGCGAAGCGUUCCGCUUGUACGACAAAGAGGGAAACGGUUACAUCACCACCGAUGUGUUUAGAGACAUCCUUCACGAAUUGGAUGACGCGUUGUCCCCCGAGGAGUUGGACAUGAUCAUCGAUGAGGUGGACGCUGAUGGUUCAGGCACGGUUGACUUUGAGGGUACGUGUACAAGUGAUUGUUUAAGAUUUGUGCAGACAGAAUCAUGUGAUCUGGCAGAUGGGGAAAAACGAGAGAAACUUGAGAAUAUAAAUAUAUAUAUGUUCAUUAUCAACGAAACUCGUAGAGAUGAAGAUGUUGAUUCCAAGAAAGUGAAAAUAAGAAAAUGUCGAAUCGUUAUCACAAUGUUACAAUUAUUGCUACAUCAUAUCAUUCGUCUGCUAGAUCAAUCCAUCAAAAGGAUCGUGUUAUCUUUUGAAAUUACGAAUGUAAUUCGAGGAAUCAAACAAAGAUCGUUUCACGAUUUCAGAAUUCAUGGAGGUCAUGACAGGCUAAAUUAUCACCUUGGCACGAGGCGGUCGUCCCUCGUGGUCGGUCGCCACGAGAGGCGCAUAUAUAAACGACGAUACCGUCUGCCUUUACUAAACACGUGGAAAACGCGCGAUUUAUCGAGAUAAUGUUUUGGCAAAGUAUGAAGUUAAUGGUUCCGCAGGUGACGUUUCUUGGGAUGGUGCUCUUAUAAUGCAACUGUAAAAUAUUUAUGCGCGGUCGAUUUUUGGAUCGGCUGAAAUGUAUUUCUAUCUAUGUGCCGGAAUUAAACGGGAGCCCCUCAAGAUCCUCAACGAGGCUAUCGCGAUUCGUGAUAGAAACAAGUUUAUAUUAACAUAAAUUGAUCGUUUUUUUUUUCUUUUUUUCUUCCGUUGAUCGAGAUCGAAACGAAUUCUCGUUUUGUUCGUUGUGUUUUAUCGUUAAUCAAUCGAGAGAAGAUCGUGCGAAACGCGAAGAUGCGAUUAAAUUUCGUGAAAGAUUGGAAAUAUACUUCAUAUUUUGUUCUCGAAACGACCGUCUGUCACAAUACUCAUGAACGACAUUAUAAUGAUAAAAUUGUAUAAGUUUAAGUAUAAAGUAACUUGAAGUAAAAAAAAAAAAAAAAUUAUAAAAAGAAUGGAAGUACAAAAAAAUAGCAAAUAUAA